AUGUCACAAGGUGCGGGCGCGUCGGCGAGCGGUGCCCCUGUCGCGCCGAAUGAGACGUUGUAUAUUCAAAACCUGAAUGAGAGCGUCGCCAUACCAGUCAUGAAACAGACGCUCGAAGCUCUUUUCACGACCUAUGGCCCCGUCUUGUCGAUUGUGGCGCAUAAGAAUCUGCGGAUGCGUGGCCAGGCGUUUGUAAGCUUUCAGGACGUGGCCACAGCCUCAAAAGCGAAGCACGAGGUCAAUGGCUUUCCUCUGUAUGGUAAGAGUAUGCGCUUGUCGUUUGCACGAACCAAAUCGGACAGCGUCGUGGCAUACCUUGGGAAGGCAUCCGGGUCAGCUGAAAAGGAUUUAGAAGAGCACAAGAAAGCACGCUUAGCGCAAAAGCCCAUAACACGUCGACGAAACAGUACACGACAGCGUCUAUUUGAACGGAAAAAGGCACAUGAACAAGCUGUGGCACGAGGCGAGGCGGGCUUACUACCUGCCCGCAGAUCUACUUCAGCGCGCACCAAGGCGCAUCAGCUGCCAGACGAGUAUGUGCCACCGAACCGCAUUCUCUUUCUGCAGCAAAUGCCCGAUACCGUCACGCAUGCGCAGCUCAUGGGCAUCUUUGGGCACCUCGCGAAUCUAUACCAAGUGCGCACGAUCCCAGGUCGGACGGACAUUGCGUUUGUCGAGUUUCAUGAUAUCCCAUCGAGCGUGGCUGCCCGCGACGCUACGAAUGGCUACGUCUUUCCGACCGGCGAGCAUCUCAAGGUCUCGUUUGCGCGUGCGUAG